UAUACAGCCUCCGUCCUCCUCGAUGGCCCAUCUCUCUUCUAUCUCAUAUCCUCUGUACGCCCUUCGCAGGCAUUCCGCAAGCAGACGAUUGCUACGCCAUGUCUGAACUGAAGAAGCUGAAUGUUUUGAUGUGUGGUACUGGAGAGUACACCACAGGGUGGACCGGCGCCGGGGCUUCAAAGUCGGACAAAAAGAUAGGAGUCGUUGCUUUGACCUGCUUUGACUUGCGCAGGCUCGGCAAGCUCGACCGUCUGAGCAUGGUUGGUGUGAAUGGUGGCAAGUUCCCUGCCAUCCGCAAACAUCUUCAGGAGAACAUUGGGAACGUAUACAAGGAUCUCGACGUAUCGUUUGACGCAUACCCCGAGGGCGACUCCGUAAAUGCCGAGGCUUACAAGGAAGCGAUUGACAAGCUGUCUCCUGGUGAUGCCGUCAUUAUUUUCACGCCGGACAGCACCCACUACCCCAUCGCUCUCUACGCUAUCGAGCACGGUCUGCAUGUCCUCGUCACCAAGCCUGCCGUGCAACUCCUUCAGCACCAUAGUGAACUAGUCGCCGCUGCGCAGAAGAAGGGCGUCGUCUGCUUCGUCGAGCACCACAAGCGGUUCGACCCUGUGUACAGCGACGCAAGGGCGCGCGCCGCCACCUUGGGCGAGUUCAACUUCUUCAGCGCGUGGAUGAGCCAGCCGAAGAGCCAGUUGGAGACCUUCCGCGCGUGGGCCGGCAAGGACUCCGACAUCAGCUACUACCUGUCUUCGCACCACAUCGACAUCCACUGCUGGUUCAUGCAAGGUCGCGCGGUCCCGACGCGCGUGACGGCCAGCGCUGCGACUGGUAUUGCGACAAGCGAGCCUUUCAAUUGCGUACCCCAGACAGAGGACACGAUCACCCUCCUCGUCGACUGGCAGUCGCUCUCGAGCUCAAAGCACAAGGGCACCGCGGUGUACACGGCGUCCUGGACCGCGCCGCUCAAGUCGGGCGUACACACCUCGCAGCAUUUCUACUAUAUGGCAGAAAAGGGCGAGAUCAACGUCGACCAGGCCCACCGCGGGUACGACAUCGUCAAUGACGAGACCGGCAAGGCGUGGUACAACCCCUUCUACAUGAAGUACUCGCCCUCGGAGAGCGGGCACUUCGAUGGCCAGCGCGGCUACGGCUACGUGUCGAUCGAGAAGUUCAUCGACGCCGCGCGGAGCGUGAACGCGGGGCAGACGACCGCGGCGGAGUACGACAAGCACGGGCUCCCGACGAUCGCGAACACGAUCCUCACCACCGCCAUCUUGCACGCCGGGCGCAUCAGUCUCGACGAGAAGCGCUCGGUCGGAAUCAAGCAGAACGGAAACGACUGGGUCCUCGAGUAAGCGGGUGGACGGACCUGAGCGUAUCUUCUCGGUCUGGUUCGUGGUGUGGGAAUGGACGGCCGUGGGUCGGGCUGGCGAGGUCGUGUGCCUGCGAUGAAGCUGAUGUGGGGAGUUCCUGCGUUGUUGAAGUCCGUGUGCGCUGGGCUGGGCAAAGUUACGACAAAAUGUAGUAGUGCGCACUGUGUAGGAUAUCCGCGACAGCGACAAAGC